AUGGAGCCAUCCAACAAGCUCGCUGUCUUGCUCGUAUCGUUGGCCAUGGCUGCCGCCACUGCCGUGCACCCUUCCUACGCUCAGAACUCGCCUCAAGACUACCUCACUCCCCACAACAACGCCCGUGCCGCCGUCGGCGUUGGCCCGGUGACCUGGAGCACGAAGCUGCAGCAGUUCGCGGAGAGCUACGCCGCUCAGAGGGCCGGCGACUGCCGUCUCCAGCACUCCGGCGGGCCCUAUGGGGAGAACAUCUUCUGGGGCUCCGCCGGCGCCGACUGGAAGGCGGCGGACGCGGUGCGGUCGUGGGUGGACGAGAAGCAGUGGUACAACUACGCCACCAACAGCUGCGCCGCCGGCAAGGUGUGCGGCCACUACACGCAGGUGGUGUGGCGCGCCACCACCAGGAUCGGCUGCGCCCGCGUCGUCUGCCGCGACAACCGCGGCGUCUUCAUCAUCUGCAACUACGAGCCCCGCGGCAACAUCGUGGGACAGAAGCCCUACUGA